CAGGCCAGGCCUGGCCAGCCCAGGCCUGACCAGGCAGUGGCCAGAGUGACCCCAAGACAGUGUCCAGGGACUCAGGCCUCUGAUCAAGUUACCCCCAGAGGAUCAGAGAGGUAGAGAGAGCUGAACCUGUCAUUUAGGAGGGCCGCGGAGGAGAGAGAAUUAUUGAGAUCGCAUUCCCAGGCUCAAAUAGAGGAGAGAAGGGGACAAAGAUGUAGUGAAGGUAAAGAAGGCAGAGAAGAAGGGGGAGAUCCAGACAACCUUGUUAGGUAGUGAGCUGCCUGUCCAGGGAGGCAUUCAAAUGUGCCCAAUCAACAUUGAUAACAAAAUCCCUUCCUGAGGGUAGUCAAUGCCCCAUUUCACAGCAGAGGAAAUUGACGUUGUCCCUUGUCCAGGACAACAAAGGCAAGAGGUCAUGGCAGGCUGUGGUUUUAGGGGUUGACGAAGGAGAAGCAUUCAGAGGGCACUGGCUUCUGGACAGCAAUGAGUGCCCGGGCCACGCGGCCCCGAAGCCGGCGAGGGAGGCAUGCUCUACCCGGUGAACUGGACCCCGUGGCUGAGAGUUCAGAGGAGGUUGAGGCAGCCAGUGGGAGCUCCAAGCUCAGCUUUGCCCCACCUCCAGUGAGCUCCGGGCUGGAACAGCUGGGCCCCAUGGAGGAGGUCAGUGGCCAAGGCCUAGGAAGCAGGACCGACAAGAAGACGGAUGAGGGCACUGGCAGGGGACUGGCCUCAGCCCCCGAGGUGCCCCAGAAACCUGCAGUGGAAGCCCACCAGGCCCCAGAAGCAGCCCUACAGUACAAGGAGACUGUGCCCCCCGGGAUUGGGGCCCCCGAUGUGUUUCAGACCCUCCAGCACGCUCUUAGCUCCCUGGAGGCAGCAGCUGCAGCCUGGCGCCACCGGCCCCCCAGCCAUCCUGGGCCGAUGGGGUUGGAAGACACAAGCAAAGGGGGACCAGGUCCCCUUGGGAAGCAGGAAGGGGCAGGGAGCAGCCAGCGAGAGGCAGCUCGCCUGGCUGAGAGGAAUGCCUGGCUCCGGCUGGCCUUGAGUAGCCGAGAGGAUGAGCUGGUCCGCACGCAGGCCUCCCUGGAGGCCAUCCGAGCUGAGAAGGAGACGCUGCAGAAAGAGGUUCAGGAGUUGCAGAAUUCCCUCCUGAGGCUGGAGCCCUUCCCACGUCUUUCCCACAGCCAAGCAGGUGGUUCAGGCAGUGGUUCUAGCAGCUCUGAGGCAGACAGGGAACCCUGGGAGACUCAGGACUCCUUCUCCCUGGCUCACCCCCUGCUUCAGCGCCUCCGCAGCCAUUCCAGCACCCAGAUCCUUGGGUCUCUUCCCACCCAGCCCCUCAGUCCUGAGAUGCACAUCAUGGAAGCCCAGAUGGAGCAACUCCGGGGGAGCAUUGAGAAGCUCAAAUGCUUUAACCGUCUGCUAUCAGCUGUGCUCCAGGGAUACAAGGGCCACUGUGAGGGCCUCAGUAUGCAGCUAGGCCAGCGGGAGGCUGAGGCCACAGCAUUGCAUCUGGCCUUGCAGUACAGCCUCCUGAGUAGCUGGAACUACAGUGAGCACUGUGAAGAGGCAUACAGGGUUCUUCUUGCUCUGUGGGAGGCCAACUCAGAAGCAAGAGACGAAGCCCCCACGGGUGACCUGCAAGCAGCUGAAGAGGAAGCAUGGAGGCUGCUGGCACAAGAGGAGGCCACCAUGGAUGCGGGGGCACGGCAGAAUCCACAGCCAAGCCCUGAGGGCAGCAGUGUGGAUAAGCCCACACCACAGGAAGUGGCUUUCCAGCUCCAAAGCUAUGUCCAGCGUCUCCAGGAGCGCCGUUCUCUAGUGAAGAUUCUCUCAGAGCCUGGUCCCACCUUGGCACCCAUGCCCACUGUGCCCCGUGCAGAAGCCAUGGUGCAGGCCAUUCUGGGGACCCAGGCUGGCCCAGCUCUUCCCCGACUGGAGAAGACACAAAUUCAGCAGGACCUGGUGGCCACAAGGGAGGCCCUGACGGACCUGAUGCUUCGGCUGCAGCUGGUGCGGCGUGAGAAGCGGGGCCUAGAGCUGCGGGAGGCUGCCCUCCGAGCCCUGGGUCCAGCUCACGUGCUCCUGCUGGAGCAACUGCGGUGGGAACGGGCAGAGCUCCGGACUGGUGGGGCAAACAGCAGUGGCGGACAUAGCAGCGGAGGUGGCAGCAGCGGGGACGAGGAAGAGUGGUAUCAGGGCCUUCCUGCUGUCCCUGGUGGCACCAGUGGCAUUGAUGGUGGCCAGGUGGGCAGGCCCUGGGACCCAGAGAAGUUAGCCCAGGAACUGGCAGCAUCGCUUACCAGGACGCUGGACCUGCGGGAGCAGCUGCAGUCUCUGCGCAGGGAGCUGGAACGGGUGGCUCAGAAGGGGCGAGCCAGACGGUCUCAGAGUGCCGAGCUGAACAGGGAUUUAUGCAAAGCCCACAGCGCCCUGGUCCUGGCCUUCCGAGGAGCCCACCGGAAGCAGGAAGAGCAAUGCCGGAAGUUGGAGCAGCAGAUGGCACUCAUGGAGGCUCAGCAGGCCGAGGAGGUGGCGGUGCUCGAAGCCACUGCAAGGGCCCUGGGGAAGCCCAGGCCGCCCCUCCCGCCUCCCCAGCUUGGGGAUACUGUUCUGUAGGCCCCUUGCCCAGCCAUGUCUGGACAUGCUAGACUGCUGUGGCAUGUCAUAAACUAUCCUGGAGUGACACCAUGUCAUGUUGCAUGAUUUGGCGUGUUGGGGCACAUUUGGCAUGAGGGAAGCUGGUGCACAUGGGUGUCCAGGGCCUGAUGGGUGUGGCCACGCAAUGCAGAAAGACUUGGGUGUCUUUGGCCUGGCACCAA